AUGCGUCUUCACAUUCUUUUGGCCUUGUGCCUUUCAUUUUGCCAAAUUCAAGCAAUUCCUCUUUUCGGAUGGUCUUUUAAUCCAAUUGCCACUCUUCAAGCAGACCUUCUGAAAAUCAUCAAUCAAGUCGAGUGCUUAGCUUCCACAAAAGUUUCUAUAAUCCCAUCAAUCCUCACCAGUGGAAACACCAAUGCCGUUACAUCAAAUAAGUGUUCAACAACAAGCGGCAAAACUACCAGUGCCGCAGCUGUUCAAACUUCCCUCUCUUCUCUUCAAUCCGUAGCUUCAUCUAAAUGGAGUUCGCUUCAGAGCUUAUUGUCUACUACUACUUCGCUUCCUCCCAUCCUCACCAGUAGUCUCACUGUUACAACGGCUAAGCCUACGAGCACUUCGAGUGCCAAGUCAACAUCAACUACUGCAAAUACUGUGUCUUCGACUGCCCAAUCAUCUUCGAUCACUAGCAAAACUUCUCCAGUUUCCUCUUCAACAGCAUCCUUGACCAGCAAAACUUCAAGCUCAGCUGUAGCAUCAGGAACCCCAUGCGCAGGCAAUACCGCUGCUGAUAGAUCAAAGUGGUGUAACUAUUCGACAAGCACUGACUACUACAAUGAAGUGCCAAAUACUGGUGUCACUCGCGAGUACUGGUUCAAUGUUCAAGAUGGUGUUGCUUCACCUGAUGGAUUUUCAAGAUACGUUCAAACUAUCAAUGGAAGUAUCCCGGGACCAACCAUUAUUGCCGAUUGGGGUGAUAAUAUCGUGGUACAUGUGACAAACAGUCUCAGUACCAAUGGUUCAACUAUUCAUUUCCAUGGUAUCCAUCAAAAAAAUACCAAUCAAAACGACGGAGUUCCAUCAGUUACCCAAUGUCCUAUUGCAUAUGGAGAUACUUAUACCUACAGAUGGAGAGCUACUCAAUAUGGUUCAUCAUGGUAUCAUUCUCAUGUUGGACUUCAAGCAUGGGAAGGUGUUGCUGGUGGUAUUAUCAUCAAUGGUCCUGCCACAGCUAACUAUGACGAGGAUAAAGGAACGCUUAUGCUCAGUGAUUGGGGUCAUGAAACCGUUGAUGAGCUAUAUGAAAAAGUUCAAACCAUUGGUCCUCAAUCAAUGACUACAGGCCUUAUCAAUGGCACCAACGUUUUCGGAGCGGAUGGUGCUAGUAAUCAAACCGGUUCUCGUUUCUCAACUAGUGUUGAAUCAGGCAAAUCAUACAGAUUCCGUCUUGUAAAUAGUGCCAUCGAUACUCAGUUCAAGUUCUCAGUCGAUAGUCAUACUAUGACUGUUAUGGCGAUGGAUUUCGUUCCUAUUGUUCCGUAUCAAACUGAGAUUCUCAACAUUGCUAUUGGACAACGCUACGAUGUAGUUAUCACUGCAAACCAAGCAUCCGUCGCUUCCGAUUUUUUCAUUCGCGCCAUUCCCCAAUCUUCCUGCUCCGAAAAUGAUAACUCAGAUAAUAUCCGAGGUGUUCUUCACUAUGGUUCUUCAACCGGCCUCCCUACAACCACCGGCUACACUUUCACAGAUGAAUGUGUUGACGAACCUGUCUCCUCGCUCGUUCCGUACCUCCCAAAAACCGUUUCAGCCGCUUCGAAGAGUCCCGAAGAAGCAGUCACCGUUGCUCAGAAUUCCCAAAAACUUUUCAAAUGGUAUCUCAACAACUCUACUUUCCUCUCAGAAUGGGAAGAUCCAACUCUCCUCAUGGUUCAAAACAACAUCACCACAUUCGGGACACCGGAUAAUCUCGUCGCAGUCCCUAACGCGAAUGAAUGGAUCUACCUCGUUAUCCACAGCGCCCUCCCUGUUCCCCAUCCCAUCCAUCUUCACGGCCAUGACUUCUUCGUCGUCAGCCAGCAGGCCACCACAUUCGAUGCCACAACCGCCAUUUCCACAUACAAUCUUAACAACCCCCACGAAGAGACGUGGCCACAUUGCCAGGAGGUGGAUAUCUCCAUGGGAUUCGCAAUGCAGUUCUUGGAGCGCGCGAGCGAGAUUCCAAAACUGUUGGAUACUACGCAGUUGCAGGAUACGUGUACGGCGUGGAAUGGGCAUGCCGUUAUCCAGGAGGAUUCGGGAGUUUAG